UAGUCGGAUACACAUUUAUAGCGCUACUGCUCCGAAAUGGAUUAUCAUGUGCGUACAGCGGACAUCUAUGACUUGGAUGCAAUCGACACACUCAUCCACUCGCCCACCGUCAAAUGGUUCGGCAACAUUCGCCCCAAAUACGUGGAAAAGGCUAAGCUCUUCAAAUGCUAUCAGACCUACCGGAUGGUGGUGCUCCAUAGGGAGACAUCCAGCAUGAUUGCCUAUGCGGAGUUCCGCAACUAUCCCGCGAUCGAUGCGCUACCCAGCGAUUGCUGGCUAGAGUGGCUGUCCGUCAGAUAUUGCCUCACUAUGCCGCUUAGUUUUUUGAACACGAUGUUUUUUAACUUUUGUGUCUAUAAGAGCGAGAAUGACGACGCCAUAGCCAGCAUUCUGAGGGAACUUUUCUAUAGGGAGAAUAGGGUUUGGUUUCUCAUCACAGUCAAAAAUCCAUCGAUUGCCCAGCCCACCUACUAUGUGGAGACGUUUGAUGACUUGGAGAAGUAUGCCGAUGUCUACUAUCCACGCGAGUUCUCCGUUGAGAACAACUUCAAUACGCAGGAACUCUAUAUCGUCUAUCGUUUUAAGCUAAUGCGAAAGAUCACCUACCGAAAGGCCUUGCCCGAGGAUAAUGAUGACAUUGUGGCAAUACACGAGUACGAAUAUCCCGAGAUGCGUGAGGAGCUGGGAGACUUUUACAUAGCCGAGGAGAUACUGCGCACGGAUAGUGGGAGGGAGAAGAGUUUUCUGAUCGUGGCGGAGACCGAGAACGACUGCCAGGAGAUCGAAACAGCCGUUUUCAUCUGGCUGUCGACAGACAUCGACAUCCGCUUCUAUGUGACGAACUAUGAACUGGAAUCCUUUGGCAAUCUGGUCAAAACUAUCGAGGGUCAGUCGGUCCAUGUAGAGAUGUUCAACGUUUCCUCUGUCCAGGCCAAGAACGCCGCCUGCCUGUUCACCUCAGAUGCUCUUGACGAUCUGUCUGCUAUGACCAUUCUGGGCGGCUUGCAAAAGAACGACAGUGGCCUAAGCGUUUACAGUGGUGGAAAGGCGAAAGUCAGCUCCAUUCAUGGCACAAUUAUUGAGGCUAACUACACAAGCGGAUCGAAUAGGUUCUUUAUGCGUGAGAGCCUCUUUUCGAAAAUGAAAUACAUCAUUGGAAAACUUUCGAACUCCGAAUACUACAUUAGCAAAGAGCUAAAAUCCAUUAGUGUAGUUUACAGUGCCGGUAUGCAUCCACGGGGAUCUGAGUUGGCCCUUGAUGCGGCAUCGAAUGUGUUUGUCCUGAAGUACAUUGCGGCGCGCAAGGAUUUUCCGCUGGAACGCUUGUUCAACAGCGUGGUAGCCAUGUUCUGUGCCUUUCCCGACCGCGACUACUGCAUGAUGCUGAUCUCGAAGGAAACCAAGUCCAUACGCAGCCACGUAGAGGUGCUCAAAUACUUUAUGCCAGUUGCCUCUCGCCCCAGUGAGGUGGCUAAUCCGGAAGAGGUGUACAUCACCCAUCGCAGCACAAUAUUCGGGGAGAUAAGCUUGUAUGAACUGCAGAAGGAGGACGUCGCUGUGAUUCAAGCCCUGGCCGUCGGUCCCAGUGUAUCGGACGUGAAGUCGGACGGGAGCUCCGGCUCCUCAACAGGAAGCAGUUUCUCCUACACCUCCAAGAUCAAUGAGAGCGCUGAGCUGAAGAACGAACUUGAAGUGAUCACCGCCGUCAUGAAGGAUGUCCUGGAGAAUGAGCUCAGUGAGUUCGCCGUCUAUACCAUUCGGUGCGGCAACUCGGCCAAGGCGGCCAGGGAGAAUACCGCCAUUGGAUUCGUGGUGCUACGCCAGUUUCGGAGCCACCAUCAUCUCCAUUAUCACUACCAUCUGCCCAGGCACCAAAAUUAUCUGAAUUUUUUGCGGGCCGAGAUCAUUUCGUUGCGGCUGCAUCCCCUAUUUAUGAUUAGUAGCGAUCUGAUAUUUCGGGAUCUGGCUAUGAAAACGAGCUACCGGGAUUAUUACUUUGUUUCCUCGCCUAAUGGUCACCAGUUUACGAAUGACCUGAAGAAGAUGAUGACAGUCGUCGAACCGAAUCCCAUGAAAAAGAGUCCGACCACAUUCAGAGUCCCUAAGGAAGAAGAUACUUUAAAGGAGAGACUGAAUCUGACCGUGCAUAAUUUCUACCAGGAUCACCUGAUCAUCUAUCGCCACAAAUUGAACCCCACAAAAUGGUUUGGCAAUAGCGAGAGACUCGUAGUUAUUGGCUUUACCGAUGUGGCCAAGGCAUUUCUGCGACAGCUGGUCUUCCAGUGGAACAGCAAGGAUCACCAGAAUUCAGAGACGUACACCUGUUUGCCCCGCGUCCAGGUGACAGUGAUCACCAUGCCGGGAGUUGUGGAGGCCGAGUUCGACGGCAUAUUCCAGUGCCCAUAUUGCUGCAAUUCUGGCACCUGCUACUUGUCCUUCCAAAACGUCUCGUGCUACGUGAGAGAUGUGACUAUCCGCAUGGAUCUGCGCCACUGGGUGCACUUUGUACCGGGGAGGAUUGAUUUUAUCAACAGGGAGAAGAAGUUCGUAAAACUGGAGAACAGCUGCGAGAUCUAUUACGACACAUUGUUGCUGGCGUGCUAUAAGGACUUUGCCAUGAGGACACUAAAUUCGAGAUCAGCGAUGGCCAAGAAUCUGCCAUGCAACUUCGUGGAAAUAAACUCAAGGCUCAAGAAGUUGUUGCUGUUCUACAAGGUCCGGGCGGUGCUGGAGGAGAUGCCCCGCACAUACAAGAUACUCGUAUACGGAUCUAAUCUGCAGACCUACGAAUGCAUUGCCUUUUUGACCAGCCACGGCGUAGAGCCUUCGCGCAUCAUGUUGGUCCAGCCACGUCGCAUCACCGGCAUAACUGCGGAGGAGAAGCUGAAGAAUCCAUACUGGGACAAGAACCUUCAGUACAUCUUGGACGAUAUCCUCAUUGACUCUGGGAUAGAGCUAGUCGAAGACCAUGACUUUGUACGCUGGGUGGAGGACGAUUCAUUCCACUUCAUCAUGGAAGUGGUCUUCGAGCACUUCCCCAGCAAAAAACAGACCUCCUUCGAAUGCGAUCUCUUCAUUGCAUUCGACGAGGGGCACAUGGCACCUAGAAGGAAGAAGUUGCUGAAGCAAUGUGGCAUUCAGUUGCGCAAGGACGAUAUUUUAGUGAACGAGGACUUCCAGACCAACGACCCAAACAUCUACGCAGUGGGUAAGUUCAUCCAAAUGAAGGGCGCGCCCAACUACCAGUACAAGUACACCAGCGAGAGGGAGCUGGGCCGCAAGCUGAUGCACAUCCUGAAUCUAACUCCCAAGCCGGAUAACUUCGAAUACAAGUACUCGGAGCCGCUGUUCUUUCAGGCACUGCUGCCACUCAACUAUGUCAUUACAAAAGUGACCAUGCCACGUCGCUACCUCGCCUCUCAGCUUCCCCCGGAGUUUGCUUGCAACCUCACCACCUAUAAGGACAACACCUUUUGCCGGGUCUGCUUGGCACACACCAUGCUAGUGGACGAGAUUGUGGUGGUCAGCAAUAAGGCCGCACACUUGGAUUACCUGGAGCACUUCUGCGGAAGGCACGAGCUGCUGCUCAACAAUUUGAAGGCUCGCUUCAGCGCCAAGACAAUCGAUUGUUUCCUGAUGUUCUUCCAGGAGCCCUGGACGGAGCUGAUUAUGCACGAGAACUUCCAGGACUUGCAGGAGAAGAAUCAUGAGCUUCUGAGGCCAGUAGCCACCUCCAACCUAAAUAAAGCGAACCGCAACCCCUUCAUGGAUGUGGCCGUGCAGGACUUUAUAACGCUGAACAAGCGGUACUUGGAGCAAAAGCUUCUCAAUUUCCUGCGAGAACACCGAAGGGACUUCCAUCAUCCGUUUGCAUUGCCCGAGGACUUCCUGACUCCCGGUACAGCGGGAUGGGACAGCGAUCCUGAGACGGAGGCAGAGAUCGAAGAAGUGACCAUAGAUAUGUAGCUCAAACCGUCUAUAA